AUGAUUUUCCAAAUUCGUUUAGUUGUUGUUUUAUUUACUUUGAUUACGAGUAGUGUCGAGGCAGCAAACAUUCUUGGACUAUUUUUGACCCAUAGUCCAUCACAUGUUAUAAUUCAUAUGUCAGUAAUACGUGCAUUAGUUGAACGCGGUCAUAAUGUCACAUUGAUAACAGCAACACCAUUAAGUGAAACAAAUCCUCCCUACAGACAUAUAUUUCUAAAACAUCAAGGAGUUACAUCUGAUAGAGUAAAUUCCAUAGUAAAUGAUCAAAAAGAUGUUCCUGUCUAUCUCAGGAGUAUCAAAUUGUUUUCUCUGAUUAAAAAAGUAUCCGAAGCAUUUCCAGAUUUUACUACGGAUCCUGCUUUUAUUAAUUUCAUAAACGAGGACAAUCACUUUGAUUUAUUGAUUCUUGGUUAUAUUUUUAAUGAUUUUCAACUCGGUGUAGCGGCUCACUUUAAGUGUCCAGUGGUUUUGUCAAUGAUAGUACAACCUUUUGGCCACAUAUCUAGACUUAUUGGAAGCCCUACACAUCCGGCUUUUGUACCCUUGUCACCGUUUAUAGACUCAAAACCAAUGGAUUUUGCAGGAAGAAUUCAAAAUUUUAUUCUUAGCAUCUUAGAAUGUAAAAAUUUCCCGGAAGACAAGUACCCAUCAUAUUCGGAUAUGAAGGAGAAUAUUUCUCUUAUUCUCUUCAAUCACCACUUUAGUGAAGGUCCAGUAAGACCAUUGGUUCCUGGCCUUGUGGAAAUGGGAGGAAUACAAAUAAAAGAUAAGCCUGAUCCUUUACCUGAGGAUAUUAAAGAAUUUCUUAACAACUCACCCAAUGGAGCGAUAUUUUUUAGCCUUGGAUCAAAUGUUCGCAGUCAUCAUUUAGGACUAAAUACUUCAGAGAUUAUUUUCAAAGUCUUAUCCACAUUGCCGUACAAUGUUAUUUGGAAAUACGAUCAAUCCGAGGGUCCUAGAAACGCCUCAAAUAUUCUUUUCAAGAAAUGGCUUCCACAAGAUGAUAUUCUUUCUCAUAAAAACAUUAAACUAUUUAUAACACAUGCCGGCAAAGGAAGUGUUACCGAAUCGGAAUAUCAUGCAGUUCCAAUGGUCGCAUUGCCAGUAAUGGGUGAUCAGUUCAUGAAUGCAGAAAUAAUGGCAUCGAAAGGACAUGGUAUUACUCUUAAUUAUCAAACAAUGACUGAAGAAUCAUUUCGAGAUGCAAUUUUGAAUGUUAUACAAAAUGAACAAUACAAGAAUACUGUGCAGAAAUUCUCUACACUUUAUAGAGAUCGACCUUUGACAGCACGUGAAAAUGCUGUUUAUUGGAUUGAGUAUGUAAUAAGGCAUAGAGGAGCACCUCAUAUGCAGAGUCCUUUGAAGAAGAUGAAUAUUCUUCAAGAAAAUAGUUUUGAUGUUAUUUUGUGUUUAGUUGUAAUAGUUUAUAUAGUUUUUAAAGUUAUUAAGUUAUUAGGAAAGCUUGUGAUUGUUAUGUUUGCAAAACUGUUAUGGAGUAUUAAAGAGAAAAAAAAUAAAAAUAAAAUAGAAUAA